AUGGAUUGGACUAGAAAGCAUUUAAAUUUAAAUGAAAUCACAGAGUUUGAAUCACUCAUAACAAUUGAACCAAUGGAAAUACAUAAAGUUAAUCAAGAUCCAUUAGAUUUAACUUUUGAAGAAUAUGAAACAUCUCAAACAUCUGAUUCAGUUCAUGUAUUUCCUAAUGAACCACGAGGAGUAUUGAAAAAGAAACCUCGUUUUGCUGAUCCAAUAAUUAUUGAAACUGAAGCUGAUAAACAAGAUGUAAUUGACAAAGUAAAAUCUUUUAUCAAUGAAGAUGAACUAGUUGAACAAAUGGACAGUAUUUCAGUUGAAGAGUAUUCCGAAAAAUUGACUGAUUUAGAGAGUCAAGAAAUAUCAUCGAUUAACGAACAAGAUUCUCGUUUAGAUCAAUUAAGUUCACGAAUUUUCGCUACAAUUCUACCAGAUAAUGUAUCCAUGGAACAAUCAAAACAGGAUGUGAAACAAGCAUAUAAACGUUUAAAUAUGAUCACGAAUGGUGCACAAGUUUUGGUAUUCAAUUGUUCACAAAAUAAUAUUCGUUUGGAUAGAAUAUUUCAUAAAGUUCAAAAUUGUGCAUUCUCUUUAACAAGCUAUCCAAAUUUAGCAACAAUGGUUUUAUUUUGUCAAAAAGUUUAUGAUUGGUUAGCAUUAGAUGAAUAUCAUAUCAUCCUGUUUCAUGCUGAAGGUGAACAAGCGAAAAUUCGUUUAAUGCUAUUUGCUCUUGCAUUGGAUUCAUUCUAUGGAUCAAUUAACAAAUAUCGGAAUGAAAAAGCCAAUUCUCUACGACGUUAUAUUACAUCACAUUCAAACGGAUUCUCUCAGGUUCCGGUUGGCUGGAUGAGAUAUGCCGGUUAUAUGCAAUUGUUUUCACCAAUUCAUAGUUUAACUAUUCUACGUGCAGCAUUACAUAUUUAUCAAGUGCAUUUAUGCAACUUCCCGGUAUUUGAAAUGAAUCAAUUAAGAAUUUAUUUUAAAUUUUAUACUGGUUCACCUCCUGUACAUAUGUAUACAACAAAUAUUUAUGAAUUCAAACGAAUCAAUUCUACAAAUCUUGUAUUAAAUUUUCAAUCUAAUUCUGAUCGUAAUAUUGGUCUACAAUUGAGUGGUGAUAUUAUAAUAUUGGCUUAUCAUUCCAGAAGUUACCCUUUGAAACGUAUACGACUAUUCCGACUUCAUAUACAUUCCUGUCAAGGAAUCGAGGAUUGGAUACGAUUUACACCAAAUGAUUUUGAUGAAAUUUCGGAAUAUAAAAUUCAUACAGUUAUAGAAAAUAUAACUAAACAAAAAACUUCACUUAAUAAUCAUCAUUCAGUUAAUUUAUUCAAUGUUCAAAGCAAUCCAGAAGAUCGUUCACGUUUACAUGAUUCAUUAGAAAAUUUAUCAGAACCAAUGAAAUCACGUCAAUUACCAUUAAGAUUAGCACCAUGUUUAAAUAAACAAAAUUCUUAUGAUUAUUUGAUUCAUAAUGCUAAAUUGGAUUCAAAUAAAUCCGCUGACAAAUUCUCACAUCUAGAUAAUAGUAGAAUAAUACAUCAUCAUGAUGUUUCUUACAAUGAGCAGGAAGUAAACAAAGGCUAUUGGGAUCCAAGAUUGACUACAAGUAUAAAUCAUCGAAUCAAUUCAAGAGUUUAUAAAUUUUUAGAUGCUGGACUUGAUAAUGUACACGAAGAAUUUGAUAAUGUAAUUGACCAACAUGAAGAAGACAAUGACUGCGUAGAUGGCGAUUAUCAUCGUCAUCAUAAUAAUAAUAGUGAAAUAAAAACCUCGCAAAAUGAUCACAGUCAAUCAGAAACAAAUUCUUUCGAGUUAAAUAAUAUUAAUAAUUAUAAUGAUUCAAAUCAUACAACACAACAAAAUCAUCAUAAGUCAGGAUCAUCAUCUUCAUCUUUAUCAUUUAAAAUAUUAGAUCCGAAAUAUUUAUUUCAAAGUAAAAAAUUAAAGCAUAAAAAUUCUGAAUGUGUAAACGAUGUUGAAGAUAUUGAUAAAACAAAACAGAGAUCUGAGAAAAAAUUCAAUCAACACGAAUCAAUGCCUCCACCAUCAAGUACUACUGUUUUAAAAUAUUCCAAAAAGCAUAAAACUAUCGGUAGACGAAUUGCGAAUUUUUUCUCAGCUCAUUCUAAACAUCGUAAAAUGGAUAAUAAUUCUUCAGCAUCCUCUUCAAUUCAUUCAUCUGAUUCACCAUCAAAUGAUCGAAAUCCUUUAGAUGAUGAUGAUGAGUCAUCAGAGUUAAGUUUAGGUCAACAAUCAUCCGGUGAAAUUUCGACCAAUCACAAACGAAUAAAUCAAAAAACACAUGCAUGGUCUCGUGGUAUACCAACUGAUAAACUUGGUCCACCUUGUAAAACUAGGAAAUUAAUAUCUGUUGGCACUUCACCUACACAUUGGAGUGAACCUGUACAAACCUUCUAUCCAACAGAAGAUCUAGUUGAAGCAGCACGAUAUCUUAACAUCAUGGCUGGAACACAAGAACUUGAUCGUUUGCUGGAAGAGUUACGUUUAACGAGUAUGAAUAUGGCUGCCGGUCUCCCGCCCCCUUCUAAUACUCAAUAUAAUUCAAAACCAUAUUAUUCUUCCCAACCAUCACGGAAACAAAUGUUUCAUGAUGAAGUUUAUCCAGAUAAUCGAUAUACUCCAAGUAGAUCAGCCUCCGUCACUGGUUACAACACUGAUGCACAUAAUUUCAAUGAUUCUUUACACUCGAAUUAUCAGAAACAUUCAACAUUUUAUUCUGAUCGAACGGAAAAUAUUGGUAAAAGUACUAGUAUGAGUAAAUUUAAUUCAUCUUUUACAACAUCUCCACGGCAUCAAUCAGUAUUCACAACAACAUUGAAACAACGUCCACCUGUAGCUCCUCGAAAAUUCAAUCAAAUUCAUUUAACUAUUGAUCCUGACUGUGGACCUACAGAUGUACAAUCUGCUGUUUCAGUUCGACUUGAUAAUAAUCAUGAUUCUUAUAGACGUGAAAAGAAACUUGAAAAUGAUUUACAAUCAGCUAGAGAAGAACUAGCUAAUCUUAGACGUGCAAUGAGUUUAGUCGAUGAAAGACAUCAACGUGUUGAAAAUUUCAAUGAUUCCCGAAAUUUAAUUUCACCAAGUCAUUCAGUACCAAGACGAUCACCAAAUUUGGAAACAAAACAAUUUUUAAGUACAACAAGUUCAUCAUUUCAACGAUCUUAUCAAGUACAACAGCAUAGUACUCCAGGAAGUGUCAGUUCAUAUCAACAAAGAACUUAUCCUAGGAAAGAGCCAGCAUGUGAGUCUGUUUACAAAUCACAAAUUAUUUCAAAUGAUGCAAAUUUCACAACUCCUAAACGUACAAUGAGUCAUACUAAUGUCUACGGACCAAGAUCAUGGAAUUUACGCUCAUAUCAAGGAUCUGAGUCUGAUUUAGCAUAUAAACGUGAAAUGUCAUCAUCAUCACGUUUAGCACGUAGUGGUUAUUCAGCUAGACGAGAACGUUUAAAACAAGAACGUGAACAAGAAUUAUUAAGGCAAACACGAUUAAGACAAAUGGCUGCCUCAUCUACUGGACUGCAUGAUCAUCGUCAAUAUCAGCAACAUCAUGUUGGUCAACAACACCAACAACAACAACAUUACCGUUCAACUUCAGCGGUUAAUGAAAUCACACGAAAAGAAAUUACUCGAAAGAGAUCUUUAGGAAAUACUGAAGCUUUUGAAGAAUUUGAAACGAUUACAUUACAACCAAUCGGUCGAGGUGUACAAGAUCUUGAUUCACAUGUUGGAUCAAUGACAACAUUGGCACGAGGAGGUGGUGCUUCAUCUAUGAUUGAAGGUUUAAGUCAAAUUGACGAUCAUCAACCUCCACGAGCAAGUUCACGUGCAAGUUUAUCACGACAACCAUUUGCUUCAACUCAAUAUCUCAAUAGACAAAAUUAUAAUCAUGAUGGAGAACAGACUAUUUUCAUUAAUCGUGUACAACCAACAUCAAGUACUCCAAUUCAAAAUUAUUCAACCAAUAGACUUGGUACACGAUCUACUUAUUCAGAUCAAGUUUCUGUCACAACUACUCCACAAACAGUAACUGGUUCAACAAAAAUUAUCAGUAAUUUGAAUGUUUCAUCUGCUACGAGAAAAGAGAAUGAACGUACCGAGGUGCCUAUUAUGCAAAAUGGAUGGAAAUCAGAGAAAAUCAAACUAGAUGUAGUAGACGGUGAUAAUAUGGCUCAUGUGAAUGCAACUGCACGAGUUUGGUAUCGACCUAAAUUAUCCCGAGAAGAAGCUAUAAGCAUUUUACGUCAACAAGUUCCUGGCAGUUUUCUUAUACGAGAUAGUACAACCUAUAAAGAUGCUUUUGGUUUAGCAGUCAAAGUUGCUACACUACCACCGAAAGUUACACCGAAAUCUGGUUUUACCAAAUUUGUCAGAAGCAUUUUCAAUGAUCUUCAAUCAGAAUUAGUACGACAUUAUUUAAUUGAAGCAGUGAAUACACCGACUAAAGGUGUACGACUUAAAGGUUUUGCAAGUGAACCAGUAUUUCCUAGUUUAGCUGCUCUUAUUAAUCGACAUACACAAGAUGCUUUAGCAUUACCAUGUCGUUUAAUACUUCCAUCCAUUCCAACUACACCAUUACCACAUGGUUAUAGACCUCCACCGCAAAUUGUCACAGGUUUACCAUCAACUAUGACAGAUUCUCCAAUGAGUAAUCAUAUUUCACAGACAAAUACUACUACUACUACUACUAAUGAAUAUAUUGCUAAAAUCGACAAUGCAACUGGACCAGUUUCUGAAUUAGGCUCUGUUAUAAUGGAGAAUAAUACAGAAAUUGAUUGUGCCAAAUCAAUGACUAAUACAUCAACAAUUGGUUUAGUUGAAGGUCUACCAUUUGAAUGUGUCAUUAAAGAUGAACAUCAUAAACCAAUGAUGCCACAAAGUUUAUUGAAUCAAGGCAUGACCUACCGAUGCUUCAUGCUAGGAUCGGUGGAUACUCCACAAUGGAAUAGUGAACUAUGUUUUUCCAAAGCAGUGGAUCAAUUAAUUCCAUUGGAAACUUUAACUGCAUCUGAAUGUGAUCAUGGUAUUAGUCGUGUUCGAUAUUCCGAUAUUCAAUUGCAUGUUAGCGCACAUGAUGGUAUUACAAUUAUAGAUUUAUUAAGACGUUUAUUCCUUCGACGUCAUCUUCCUAACAAUGUCCUAUUGUAUUGUGGUGUAGAAACUAGAAAAAAAGAAUUUAUUCAUCCUGAACAUUUAAAUCAUGGUAUACGCCAUCCUAAAAUCUUUGGAUUAGUUGUUCGCAAGGGCAUAAGUGAAUGUACAUGUCAUAUAUUCUCUGAAUGUGAUCCAGUUCAUUCAGCUGAAUCUAUUGUGAAUUAUAUUCGAACUAUUUAUCCUCAUUUAAAGAGUUAAUUUUAAAUAAUAAUUAGAGAAAAAUAAAAAAAAUUGAAAAAAAUCAUUUAAAUAAAACAUAUAUAUAUAUUCUACUAAUAUUUAUGAAAAUAUUUCCGUUUUAAAAAAAAAAAUUAAUUAAUAAUUUACAAAUGAAUUUAUUUACUACUUACAAUAAAUAUAUAUAUUACUAAUAAUACUAAGUAGUAUUGAAUGUAUUGCUU